CGGCCGCGGCCGCGCCUCCCGCUUCCCCACCCCCUCCGCAAUCUGGAGGAAUACUUCGUCCGUAUGUACGAACAGCUUCCCCCUGGUCAGAAUCCAGUGCUUCCUACGGGAUCACCAGCAUUGAUGGGACCGUACGUCUUUACUAGUGUACAGAGGGAGGUGGCUGCCAUGCCUGGGCAAGAUAUUGAGUUCCGACGUGGCCGGAUUACAGCUCAUCAGCUUGAGUCCUGCCGACCCUCGUACAUUAAUGCCUGCCUCAUACAAUCCCGUGGAAGUCGUCUGCCUGCCCCGUGUUCGAGAUGCCACGCUCACCCGGGUACGAUGACUUUUCCCUCGUGUCGCCAUUUACCAGGUGCAUGGGGCGGAGCAUGCGCCAACUGUAAAUGGUCGGAUCAGGCAUCACGUUGCUCCGUACGGGAUGAGGUUUAGACGGGACUUACGGAUGGUACAGAUGCUGCUGCGCAAGGCAGGGGCCUGACAGGGGGAUCUAUACGUGAUUCUAUCCUUAUUGAGGAUGUAGAAG